CACUCUUAAAAACUUUAUAGACUGAACUUUGGAACACAAAUAUCUUAUUACGUUUAUUUGUCUCAUAUCUAUAGCGUUCGUCAUUCGCGUUAUCUCCAAACCAUUAAGGCGUAAUGAAAUUUAUAUUGUAUAAUGAAUUAACCGCGGUAUAAUUUGGACAUCCCCACUUGUUACUUUGCAUAGGUUGUCGUUUUUUAAUAGUGCUAUAGGAUAUAAACUAACAGUGGCAAAUUCGCACUACUAGCAGCUUCUAGCGUCUAGCUGGCGUCUUUGUCUGGCGUAGCAUACUAGCGGAGUAGUGUGCCAUUUGCUGUCAUUGCUGACGGAUCAGCGGCGUUCCGUUAGCUCGUUCAAAGCAUUUUUGGAAAUUCCGAUUAAAUUGUCAGUGUUAUGUUAGUGCCUCCGGCAUAAAUCAACCUCGACAACCGUAAACUUAUGGAGGCCGAGAACGAGGAAGUGCCCCUGCAAGCGACGACAGAUGUGUCAGCAGCGUCGACGCCAACCGAGAACCAUAACCACAACAAGGUUCGCAGAAGGAACGUGCCCGAGUCGGCGGCCAAGGCGGAUGACACCGGGCUCGAUCGCGUGCCCCUUAUAACUUUGCCCGACUCCACGAAAGCGUGGCACGGCGGCGUCGUGCCGCGGAUACCGGAUCUCGCCGAUGUGGCCGCGGCGGGCAAGCAGCGGAACGGCGUGCUAACGUCUCGCGAGGAUGACCAUGACAGCGCAACCACGGAGGCUUUCACGAGUCGCGAGAAAAUGAAGAUGAGCGUUAUCCGCGGCAGCAUCAUUAAUCCGGAUCUCACGUUAGGAGAGCUCAGACUGCUCGGCUGCAGCAGCGAAGGCUUCGUUAAUGAUGAUGUACGAAGGGUACUGUGGCCGAAACUUUUGCGACUGGCACAAUUGGAGCUUGCGCCUGUUGAUGGACUAGAAACUGUACAUACUUAUAUACCAAAUGAGAUUUACCAGCAGAUAUUGAAGGAUGUGGCACGUAGUGGUAGUCAUAUCUCGCCGAAUGCGACGGAAAAAGAGACGGAAAAUUUUCAGGAGCAGUUAACUCAGCUUAUGUGCUGGGUACUUCAUAGACAUUCCCAAUUGAAUUACUACCAGGGAUACAAUGAUGUGGCAGCGACUGUGUUGCUUGUGAUGGGAUUACAAACAGGCUUGUACGUGCUUGAGAGUAUCUCGCUAGAAUUCCUGGAAAGGUUCAUGGAAAAGACCAUGGAAAAAGUGAAUCAAGAGUUAUUUUAUAUAUUUGCAUUGCUGGAAAGAGUACACCCUACUCUUUUAGAACAUUUAGAAAAUGUAGAACUAUUUCCACACUUUGCUCUGGCUGAAUAUACAACAUGGUAUGCACACAAGUAUGCGGAAAAUCGAAAAUUGUUGCAUAGAUUAUUUGAUUUUUUCCUGGGUAGUCCCCCGUUCAUGCCUCUCUAUUUAAGUACAGUAAUUGUUGCACAUAGAGCUACAGAAAUCUUCAAUACUACACCCGACAUGGGGCAUACGCAUAAGGUAUUGUGUACGUUACCUGAUGACUUGCCAUUUGAAAAUCUUAUGGUAGAAGCAAAGAAUCUAUAUCGACAAUAUCCCCCUGAAUCUAUCAGUAAUGAUGUCAGGGAUUAUGAUCAUAAGAGAAAGAUUAAAGAACAAGAAUGGAAGGCAAAGGCGGAAGCAAGCCGCCAGGAGAGAGAAAGACAACGAAAAUUAAAAAUUGUUCAGUCAACGCCAAGGAUAUCUUAUCGCAUUAGAAGUUACAAGACCAUUACUGUUGUGACUAUUUUAGCUUUGGGAAUAUAUGCUUUUAUAAGAUCCUCGACAGGGCUUAACUGACAUUAGGAGAUAUUAUUUGUUGUAUAAAAUAUAUUAAAAUUAGAAUUUUUAUAUUUUUUAAAACAAAAACUUUUCACUUCUUUGAUGUCGCUGAUGAGUUUGGACAAAAAUUUAAAAGUAUAAGAUUAAAAGCAAGCACCAAAGAAAUGAAGGGGCAAGGUAUAUGUAUUGCUAAGAAUGAAAGGUUUGGUUGUCAGUAUUUGAGCAAAUCUGUUCUAGGACACAUGAAUCAGAAUCUUGUGCAUUCCUACGCUGCCUUUAUGCUGUGUUCUGAAGGCUAAUCUGAACUAUUUAAUAUGUGUUAAAAAAAGAAUCACAAAUAUAUGAAAAUUUACAGGAGAGAAGUAAUUUCAACUAUUCAUAAUUGCAAAAAGUUUGUUACCUAAAUUGAACAUUGUUUAAAUUGAACAUAAAACAUGUAAAAAGAUUUUGUACGUAAUAAGUAAUGUUAAUUAUAAUUAUGUUGUUAUAUAUUAUCUGUGAUUAGACAAAAUUUUAUCUAUUUAUAAUUACAUCUGCAAAAAAGAAAAAUUAUGCUAAUUAAUCGUUAUGAUCAAUAAUAAAAACAUUUUAUUUUUUAACAACAUUUGUUUAUUAUUAUCUUUGAUGAUGUAAAUUUCUUUUUUGUAGUAAUUUAUAUAUAUUAUAUUGUUUUAACUUAGAAAAUAUAUAUUUAGUCAUGCAUUAUCUAGUUUAUCAAGUAUGAUAACAUUCAAUAUUAAAAGAUUACAAUAUCAAUGCUUAUACUUUACAUAGGAUAUUUAUUUUUCACCAUUUUGUACAUAAAUAUAAUUUUAUAGAAACUUUUAAUAUGCUCCUAUAAGUGUUUAUUACAUAUGUAUAUUACAUAUAUAAGUCCAUAUACGUAUUUAUAAAUUUAUUUAUACCAAAAGAGAUACAAGAGGUUAUAUCUGGAUAUUACCAAAAAAAACUUGUGAAGUUCACUUAAGAAAUUUGACUUGUUUAUCAAUAUUUCCUAAGGAAAUAUUUUUAUCAAAUUUCUUGAGACUUUAAUAUUAGUCUAUAUUAUUAUAAGUGUUCAUGGCAAUUAUAAAUCGAUGUAAAUAUAUAUAUUUACAAUGGAUUUCUGACUAGUAGAUUAUGAAACUCGGAUUUCAUUGUUAUUCUAAUUAUGCUGUAUCAGCCACUAAAAAAAUAUGUUACUGUACAAUAUAAACACUUUAUAUGUAGGGUGUAAAAUAUUAUUACUAUAUAUCACUAGUCAUUUUAACUUGAUUGCUCUUUGUUUCACGUGAGAUCACAUUACGUAAAAAUUGAUAAUAUAUAUUGAAUAUAUAAAUAUACAUAUGAGAAGGAGAUAAAGUAUUAUAUUUAUAGGAGAGCAUAGUUAGUUAAUGAGCGGAAGUAUUGACAUUUAGAAAAUGUUUUUGUAACUGCACCACUUUAUAAUAUUCCCAAUUGAUAUUUGCUGGUGUGUUAUGUAAUGAUAUAUUUUAAUGAACAUUGUAGUUAAUAAAAAUAUAUUUUCGAUUA